AUGGGGCCACUUCCCAUCCAGGAACAUCUGCUGAAAGUGAAGCCACUUCUCAUCCAGGAACAUCUGCUGAAAGUGAAGCCACUUCCUAUCCAGGAACAUCUGCUGAAAGUGAAGCCACUUCCCAUCCAGGAAUAUCUGAUGAAAGUGAAGCCACUUCCCAUCCAGGAAUAUCUGCUGAAACUGAAGCCACUUCCCAUCCAGGAAUAUCUGCUGAAAGUGAAGCCACUUCCCAUCCAGGAAUAUCUGCUGAAAGUGAAGCCACUUCCCAUCCAGGAAUAUCUGCUGAAAGUGAAGCCACUUCCUAUCCAGGAAUAUCUGAUGAAAGUGAAGCCACUUCCCAUCCAGGAAUAUCUGCUGAAACUGAAGCCACUUCCCAUCCAGGAAUAUCUGCUGAAAGUGAAGCCACUUCCCAUCCAGGAAUAUCUGCUGAAAGUGAAGCCACUUCCCAUCCAGAAAUAUCUGCUGAAAGUGAAGCCACUUCCCAUCCAGGAAUAUCUGCUGAAAGUGAAGCCACUUCCCAUCCAGGAAUAUCUGCUGAAAGUGAAGCCACUUCCUAUCCAGGAAUAUCUGAUGAAAGUGAAGCCACUUCCCAUCCAGGAAUAUCUGCUGAAAGUGAAGCCACUUCCCAUCCAGGAACAUCUGCUGAAAGUGAAGCCACUUCCCAUCCAGGAAUAUCUGCUGAAAGUGAAGCCACUUCCCAUCCAGGAAUAUCUGCUGAAAGUGAAGCCACUUCCCAUCCAGGAAUAUCUGCUGAAAGUGAAGCCACUUCCUAUCCAGGAAUAUCUGAUGAAAGUGAAGCCACUUCCCAUCCAGGAAUAUCUGCUAAAACCGAAGCCACUUCCCAUCCAGGAAUAUCUGCUGAAAGUGAAGCCACUUCCCAUCCAGGAAUAUCUGCUGAAACUGAAGCCACUUCCCAUCCAGGAAUAUCUGCUGAAACUGAAGCCACUUCCCAUCCAGUAA